AUGCAAGUGCAGCGACAAGAACGACACCUGCGAAACGCUUUUGGACGCCCCAAUUGCUACGACUUGGCUGACUGGCUACGCUCCCCGGGGUUGCUUGGUUAUGUCGGCGAUGUCAUACAGAUCUUGGACUGGUAUGCUAGCUUCUAUGAUGGACCUGAGGAAGGUCAGGAGGGCUGGGAUAUAGAGGUGAUUAUGCUCGCCAAAGAAGCCAUCAUUCGCCUUGAAAACACGGAAAGUGGGCCCGAGGCCUAUUGCCACAAUGCCCUGAGCAGCCUUUAG